ACGGCUCGGUGAAUGCUACACUAAGAUAAACAGUGCGGAUUCAUAUAUCGGGCAACUGUUCGGCGCCAAGCUGAGGAUCGUACCAACAUUUGACAAUUUUAAAGUAGUGGUAUGUAUCAUCGAUACGAUAUCAGUACCAGUACCUGUACCGACACCUGUACCGACACCUGUACCUACCUAAGCACAAAGCUUCGAAACAAAAAGCUAGCUUCGUCAAAGCUGCGGUCUACAACAUCUCCCCCUCUUACGAACUAUCGUGUCAUACUCCAACUCCCAUAAUGGCCUCAAUCGCGCGAUGCCUUCGGGCAGCUAGACCGUCGACCUUGUCUCGACUAGCACAAGCACCACGCACAAGAUCCAAUUGGCAACCAGCGACGCUGCGAGCUUUCUCUGCUUCACCGAUAAGAGAUAUCCGCAAGUACACCAAGGACCACGAAUGGAUCGAUCUGAACGCCGAAAAGACGGCUGGCGUAAUCGGUAUCUCGGAGUACGCCGCCGAGGAGCUGGGCGACGUUGUGUACGUCGAGUUGCCGGAGGAGGGCAAGGAGGUUAGCGCGGGCGACGCUAUCGGCGCCGUCGAGUCGGUCAAGAGCGCCGCCGAUAUCAACGCCCCAAUCGCUUGCAAGGUUACCGGCGUCAACCUAGCCCUCGAGGAGAAGCCUGGUACCAUCAACCAGGUUCCCGAGGACGACUCGCACGGCGGCGGUUGGAUCGUUAAGGUCCAGGUUGGCGAGCAGGGCGCCAAGGACUUCGACGCUCUUAUGGACCUCGAGGAGUACAAGACGUUUACCGGCUCGGAGGCACACUAGACCCGUAUACGAGAGGGAUGAGGAGUUCUAUGUGUAAGUGAUGUGUUAUGGGGGCGGGGGCGCAGGGGGCAGGGGGCAGGUGUUCACCGGAAAUGGAUAUUGGCAUUCAACAACCAGCGAGUGGGACAGAGACGGGCUCAACC